AACAACUGCCUGAACACUGGAAAACAAUAGACAGCGCAGUAGGGCAGAGUUUAUUUCUUUACCGUUUGCCUUUUUCUUUUUCAUGUCGAGUCAAACCGGGGGACAGUAGUUGAUUGUGUGUACUUUAAGACUUUUGAAGCAGAUUGGGAAGAAAGUGAGUUUAUAAUGCUUUGUUUGAGGGCUAGUUAGCAGGCAGGCUAAGCUACAUCCGUAGCUGUAAUGUAACUGUGAGGAUCAGCUGUUAGCCGCACUGCUACUUUAAAAGUUACUUUUACUAGUAAAACUCACUCGUAACUCUCCGAGUUGGUGUUUUUGGGCUGAAUGAAUGUAAUGUAUGUGCUUUUCCCCAUCACUUUCUAACCUUUUGUCGAUAGGUUUUAUUCCAAGUACGUCUUUUGUCAACUUCAACUGAGAGGCGAAAAAAUUGCACGUUUAUUUUUAAUCUGUUGCUAAAAAGUUUCGCGACAAGAGAGAAAAUUGAUUUAACGACGUGUCGUAUCGCGCAUAUAAACGGGAGGUUAAUGUUUAAAAUACUUUUAAGUUUUCAAAAAGAGACUCCUUGAGUAGAAGUUUUGAGUCCUCUUAAACUUUUCUCUAAAUUAUACACGUCUAAACAAAUGUAACUUUUAAGAUGCAAAAGUUAUUAUUGUUAGGGAACGCUUUCAUUCAUAAAAUCGUAGUUUUUACUAUGUUCUGGUUUGUGUCAGGGCUCCCGGCUUGAAUACAGUUAUAUAAGGAAGAUUGUUCAGUGAUUUCUAUGCGUUCGUGUCGUUUAGUUAAAAGGAAACUCUUGAGUUUUUGCAUUUGGACUCUUUUCGGAAUAUAAGCGCACAAAUCUGAACUAUGUGCCAUUUCUUUUGUUGUACAAGGAGGCAGAUAGUGAUAAAAAUGGAGGCAGUUGAGUGUGUUUUGUAAAGACACACACACACACACACGCACGCGCACACACACACACACACACACACACACACGCACGCUCUGAAACAGCUCGAUCGGUCCUGUGAGUUGUGCUGGACUCCGGAGACUCCAGUGAGUUUAUAAACGCGCUUCUUCUGGAUGAUGGCGGAUUUCGUGGUGCCGCGGCACAGCGCGGUGAUGGAGCGACUGCGGCGGCGGAUCGAGCUCUUCCGGCGGCAUCACGCCGGCUGUGAGAACCGCUAUGACAGCACGGCCAUGGAUCGGCUGGAGAUGGAGAGACAGCAGACGUUCGCGCUGCAUCAGCGCUGCCUGCAGACCAAGGCCAAGCGCUCAAACAAGCACCGGCAGCCGGCGGCGGCGAGCGCGGACCUCGCGGGGCAGAGAGGCACGGGCGGCGGCGGGGGAACCGGCGCGGAGCUGGCGGACGGAGCGAGCGGGACAGCCGGGGAGCAGAGCAGAAACAGCACGCUGAUCGCGUUACAGGAGACUGUCAAGAGGAAGUUGGAGAAUGCUGGUUCACCUCUAGGCCGUGAACAGGUCAAUGGUUUCACCGAUGGCUACCCACCCAAUAAAAAAGCCUGUGUUGAGGAUGCAUUGGGGGGUCUUAAUGGGGUCUCAAAUGGCACAGUGCCUCCUCUCUCACCUAUGGACUCCAAACAUAACGUGAGUACUGAAGUCAUGAUGGCCAAUGGGAACCACCGAGUGAUCGGUGCAGAGCACAACGGGUCCGGUCUAACCGAUAGUGGUGCAUCGCGUGGCUCAGAGUCCGAUUUCCGCCUGAAAGAAAUGAAGCAGGAGCCGGUGGACGAUAUCUUGCCCUGCAUACUGCCUGGUGGAGGUGCGAAUGGAAACAACAGCCUCUUCCCUGACCUCAACCUCAACGAUCAGGACUGGAGUGAGAUCAUGGAGGAGUUCAACCGUUCCGUACCCUACGAGGACAUCCAGGAGCUCUUCAGUGACAGUUUUGGAGAUCGCAAGGACCCUGAGCUCUCGUCUGCCGGUGCAGCUCAGAGCUUGAUGCCGCCAGAUCUGGCCAGCGUGAAGACUGAAUUUUCCCCCGCUACGGCUCCCUCUGCCUUCGAUCAGGACUCUUGCAACGGUUCACCUCAGGUGAGACCCACCUCAUCCGGGCCUCCGCUUCACACCAACUCCCCCGCAACGGCUCCGGCCACAUCACCGGCCCUGCCUGUACAGCAGCAGCCCACCAGACCACUCCCAAAUCACCUGCUGCCUGCCCCACCCAAAGACCUGUCCCCCGCACAGCAACUGCAGCAGUUAGCGGCACGCGAGCAGCAAAGGGCAAUAUUGCAUCAGCAGCAUGUGGUUCAGAAGCCGCCACAACAAAAACCGCAGCAACCGCAAGCGGCAAAAUUCCACCAGCAGCCCAACCACUCAACAUCUUGGCCCCAAAAUGCUCCCACCCAAAGUCAAAUGGGCGGAACCUUUGGCCUUGAGAAGUCCACCAGCCCUUCUUUGUAUCCGCAAGACUUCCCCAACCCCAAGACCCUGCUCAUGCCCAACAAGGGUUCUCCCAAAGCAGGCGCUCCAGCCGGCUACAUGCAGCCCGGUGGACACGCCAACAUGUUAAGUCACCCAGCGGCACCCACGGGGCCCCUCAGCCACCCACCCAACCCAGGAGCCCAGGCUGCCAUGCUAAACUACAGUAACACUAAACCCCUGUCCCAUUAUGAGGCUGGAGCACCGGGUGGGCCCAGGGGCCCUCCGGCCACACAGAACCAGAACAAACAGAACCAGGCCAUCCUGAACCUAAUGCGACAUCAACAGAUGCAGAAGCAGAGGCCCACCAGCAUGAACUUCAGACCAGCGCACCACCAGCAUGCUCAGGAUUCAGGGUCUUACCCCUCCAGCACUCAUGUUCCCGGCCCGGGUAACACCAUGACGCCACAGCAGAGCAGCAACAGCAUCCCGGGGAGCCACAGUAACGCGGCCUACAUUAAGCAGCAGCAGCAGCAGCAGCAGAUGCAGCUGAUCAGUCAGCAGAAGCAGUUCCUCCAGAGACAGAUGAUGGCCGAGCAGGAGAAGCAGAGGCAGCAGGAACAGCAGCUGCAGAGGCAUCUGACCCGUCCACCGCCUCAGUACCAGGACCAACAGAACCCGCAGGCUCAGCAAAACCCAUUCCAGCAGCAGCAGCAACAGGUCUCUCAGUUUGCCGGUGUGCCGCCCUGCCUGGCCCAGCAGCACUCCUCCGGCUUCAGUGAACACACCAUCUCCGGUGCAUCUCAACCAAUAGGAAAUGUCAGCUCUCUGAGUGGCCCCACCCCUGGAACGCAACGGAUGUUCUCUCAGGCACAAGGCAUGAUGGGAAUGGGAGUUGGCCAGAAUACGGGCCCAAGCAGUGGUCCAGCUCCAGCCGGCAGUCAAGCAGACAUGAACCUCCCAUCCUGCGCAGGCGGUCUCGACGUGCAACAAGUCCUCUACGGCAACAUGCCCAUGCAUCCCUCCCACCCCAACCAGCAGAGACCGCCAGUGUCCGCUAUGUCAGCCGCUUACCGCCAGAAUGUUCUAGCGGCUCAGCAACAAGCUCACUUGAAAAACCAGCCCAAUGCUGCUAUGCUGAAACAACAGCAGCAGCAGCUGGCCCGUAUGCCCAACAACAUGCCUAAUGCCUUGGCUAAUAACAUGGGCUCUGCUAUGCCCAGCUCCAUGCCAACAAGUAUCCAAGGUGCCUUGCCCUCACAGGCCCAGUCAUGGCAGCAGCAGCCCCAACAGCAUCCAGGUCUCCAGCCCGGUUCUGCUAACGGAGGCAUGCCAGGAGGUUUCACCAACUCUGGCUUCCAGAUGCAGUCAAGAUUGUCCAAACUUCCCAACAACAACCCAUUUCCCCAGGGUGGCAUGGGAAAUAGUGCAGCUGGUAGAACCCUGGCAGGUAUGAAUCCUGGACAAAUGAUGCCUAACAUGAACCAGCAACGGACCAAUAACCCAGGCAUGUCCCAACAGCUGCCUCCUCCUGGCCAGCAGACGGCCCAGCAGGGGCAGCCACAAGCGCAGUCUCAAACUCAGCAGGUUCUGCCUGACUUGGGACCUUUCAGCCAGCCGCAGGCCGGACCCAACCGCACCGCAGGACUUCAGUGCAGUCAGGCCUAUCAGCUCAACAGGACAGCCAAUCAGCAGCUCCAGUUUAGCUACAGCGCCCAAUCAGGAAGCAGCUUGUCCGGGUUUUCUGCCGAGACCGACCUGGUGGACUCUCUGUUGAAGAAUCCAACAACGCAAGAGUGGAUGGAUGAUCUAGACGAGCUAUUGGCCAGUCACCAAUGAGUGAUGGCCACAGGCCAAUAACAGUGCCUUUGGUAGAGGAGAAAACAUAUACAUCCACUUUUGGACGUUUUCAGAGAUGGUGAAACUGCUCAUAUCACGGUCAGAUCUGCUGUGUUCUCUAUUGAGUAUGUACAGUAUAUGGUGUAUAUAAUAGAGGUCAAGUAGAGCACAGAGCCUGUGUCACUGAAGUAUUCUCUGGACUGGAAAUGUAAAAGAGGGAAAUGCUCUACUACUGAACCUGUGGCUCAGAAAAACCACUGAAUUUUCUUAUGAUGAGUAUAUACGGUUGAGUAUAUACCUGUUUGCUGUAGGCACGAGGAGGCUCUGUUCAAUUUCAGGAGUGUCUUGACACUUCCACAGGCCUUAAAUUUGCACUCUUGAAGAUGCACAACAUGUGAUUUACAGUAAAACGGUCUAAAGCAAUAGUUAACCCAAAAAUGAACAUUUGUAUCAUUUAUUAACCAUGUUGGUCUAAAUCCAUAUGACUUUGCUUCAUGAUGACAGAUAUCCAGUCUUGCUCCUGGAGGGCCACCUCCCAGCAGAGUUGAGCCCCAACCCAAAUAAAACACAGCUGAACUAGAUAAUCAGUUCUACAGGAUCACUAGAAAACGGAGAUGGUCUUUUAUAAGGAGAUGCCGACCUGGGGUGCGUUUCCCAAAAGCAUCGUUAGACAACUAUGGUCACAAGUUCCGUCGUUACCAACAUGGUUCAAUGAUUCAGUGUUUCCCGAAACAAUAGCUCAAACGAACAUUCGCAAACAGCGUCGCAAACUUGCGUGGUAGGACCUACAGCUCUUGACCUGUGGUUAGAAGCAUAGUUUUUUGUUAGUAAAACAUAGGGGCUUAAAUUAAUAUGCUCUUGGGCACAAUAAGCAAGCUAGCAUGCAGUACAAUCUAAAUAUAAAUGCAGUUUAAUCCAUGUAUUUUAGCAUGUUCUCAAUAAGCGCCCUUUUUGAAGAGUGUGCAUAAAUACCUAAGGGAACCCUUAAUGACAUAAGAGGGAACCUGCGAUGUAUCAAAAUUAGUCAUCAGGUGCAAUGUUCAAUACAGCAGUAUCUUAGAGCUCUCUAAUCAGUUAAAUAGCAGAAGUUUUUCCUCCACAUGCGUGUGAUGUCAUUAACAAUGGCCCUGUGUUGAACUAAUGUCGUGACUAGCUAGUUCGUUUCCACAAUGCAUUGUACUAUGGUGGUUAGUCAUCGAGUUGCGUGGUUGUACGGGAAACGCACCCCUGUACGGUUCUGCUGCGUGGAUCACAUGUGCCUUGAUAACCAAUCACAUUAUAUCCUUGACGUCACUGAAUUGCUGUGACUGUUUGUGGAGACCAUAGAAAUGAAUGAGAAGUACAGCACUUCUGAUGCAAAAGUGUCUGAAUUCUUGUCUAAAAUCAUUUUCAUUGUAAACUCCAAAAAAUGAUUCCAUAUUCCAAAGUGAUUUCGUUUAAUGGCAAACAUGUUGAUUCAUAUAGUAACUAGCUGCUCAUCACAAAAGCAGUGUAUUCAGAGUACUGAAGCCUCUUCUCCAUCCAGAAAACUGAGCCUGUGUUUAUUAACAUUCUUCAUUUUUAUCUUCCACUAAAGAUAGUCAUGCGAGUUUGGAUCUGCAUGAGGGAAUUAAAGUGACAGUUUAUCUAAACUAAAGUUGUCAUCAUUUAAGUUCCAUAUGGUUUAUGUUCAUUGGUUAGUUUCUCAUUGACUAAAUUUAGGAAGUAGAUGCGUUGUGGUUUGUUUAAUCAGGCCGUGACAGCUUGAAGGAGUGUAGCUGAGACUAAUAGUGAGGAGGGUGAACUGAUGAACUCUACAGUGAAAGUAGAUUGCGUCAUUAGACUUUCAUGUUACACUACACUAAGUUGUGUGUUGUUGUUUUGUUUUUUUUUCCUGAAAAGCCCAGAGCUUCUGUGUUGGUGAGAGGGUUAAUAUUCCUGUUUGUUUUCUCCCUCUGGUGUCUGAUGUUACAUUGAGGGCAGGUCAGGUGCUGGUCGAAACCGCAUUACCUGAACUCUGUCUUCAUCUGAGAUUCUGUGACAGGAUUUCAUGUAUAUUUAUAUAUUAUUUUGUAUGUAAGCAGUUUUUAUUGUUCAGGAGAAGAUAGAACUUAUUUUUAUAUGUACAUUGUUGCAAAAUUUUGUAAGUAUUUUAUACUUUUUAUUAUUGUUCUCUGUAAAACAAGAGUAUUGUGUAAAUAUAGUUCUCUAGAAACGG